CGGGACGCCCCGGGGCGGCGCGCGGAGGAGGAAACGCGGCCGGGCCGCGGCCCCCGGCUCUGCCCAGACGCCCGAGUCGGCCCGCCGCGCGCCGCGUCCGCAGUCGCCAGGUGCGCGGGUGGCGGGGUGCCGGGCAGCCCGCGCCCCCGCCCCCCAUGUCCUGAGCGCGCCCCGCGGGCCGCGGGCUAUGCGCCGGCACCAUGUCCCUGCUGGGCGCGUGGCUCGUGGAGGCGCAGUGGCCGCUCCUGGUGUCGCUCUUCGUGGUGGCGCUGGGCACCGUGGGCCUGUACCUGGCGCAGUGGGCGCUGGCCAGGGAGCCGCGGCCGGACCCGCGGCGCACGGCCGAGCGCGCAGAGGGGCCGCGCCCCGAGCCCGACGCGCUGCUCGCCUGGAUCCUGACGCUGGACAGCUGGCGGGGUCAGUGGCAGGCGGCCUGGGUGAGCGCCCUGAACCAGGAGGCCCGCAGGAAAGGGGGCCCCCUGGACCUCACCUUCCAGGAGGACCCCCGGCAGCAGCCGCUGGAGCUGGCGGUGCAGCGAGUGACCAGCUCGGCCAGGUCGGCGCAGGAGAAGGUGCUGUCUUGCCUUGUGGUCGGGAAGACCCUUCAGUUUUCGGUCAGCGUGGCGCCAGCCCCGCCGGACUCUGGACCGCGGCUGUAUAAUGCACAGCUCUGCCCGCUCCAUCUGAAGCUGGAGCUGCACUUGAAGGAGAAGCAGGAGGAUAUCGGGGUUCGCUGGUCCUUCGUCUGCGCCCCAGAGCUGGCCGUCAGCGUGCAGCCCGUGACCCUGGAGGCCGACGCCGGCCACAGCGAGGCCGUGUCCACACAGCUCAGGGGCCUUCUGAGGCAGCUGGUCAGCGCCGCCUCCCCGUCUCUGGUUCUGAGCGCCAAGCCCGUGGGUGCCCGGGAAGUCCAGAGUCUGCGGCCAGCCCUGCCGCCCGCGUCGCAGGAGCCCUGCCCGCCCAAGCCGCCCCGUGCCCACGAGCUCAAGCUGCAGGUGAAGAACAUCUGCGUCUCGCUGCUGCCUGCGCCUGCACCAGGCAGCCCCAGUCCCCGCUGCGCCCUGCGGCUCGACGACCCCUCCCAGAAGGUGUCCAGCACCCUGGCGGCCAGCAGCAGAGGCCUCACCUGGGACGAAGAACUCACCUUUGAGUUGAACGCCAAGUCGAAGGAGCUGUACCUCCAGAUCUCAGAGGAUGGGAGGUCCUCAGAAGCGCUGCUGGCGGCCACCACCGUCCCCCUGGACUUAUUCAAGAAACAGCCUUCGGGGCCCCAGAGCUUCCCGAUGACUUCCCUGGGUGGCGCCGUGCUGGGCUCUAUCUCCGCGGAGUUUUCUUAUGUGGAGCCCGGCGAGGCCAAGACCUGGACCUUCCCUGUGCCCGUCCCGGCCACCACGGUGGAGAAGGACCGCGUGGUGAUGCCCUGCGGCACGGUGGUCACCACGGUCACUGCCGUGAAGACCAAGCCUCGCUUUGACGUCGGCCGGGCGUCCCCGCCCAGCUCGGCCUCACCGCUGAGGACGCCCGUCAGGGUCAAGGUGAUCGAGAAGGACAUCUCCGUGCAGGCCGUGGCGAGCCCCCGCGCGCCCGUCAGCAAGACGCUGUCCUCCUCGGACACAGAGUUGCUGGCGCUGAGCGGCUCGGACCCCGUGGCAGAGGCGGCCAUCCGGCAGCUCAGCGAGGCCUCGCGGCUGAAGCUCAGGUCCCCCCACAAGAAAAGCACCAUCAUCAUCUCAGGGGUCUCCAAGACCUCUCUAUCUCAGGACAGCGAGGCCACCCUCAUGCUGGAGUACGCCGCUUCCAUGGACAGCGCCCGCCAGGAGCCCGGCCCAGCCCUCCCGGGGACCACCGCGGCCCAGGAACCGCCCCAGGGAGCCGCCCCGGCUCCAGCCCCACCAUCACCAUCACCCGAACCCUCCGAGGCCACUGGUGCCGAGCUCGACUCCUGGCCCCUCGAGAAGGAGCCUCCGGCAGCAGCGUGGGACGGCCGGGCCCUCCGGGAGCCCGAGAGGGACCGGCUCUCUGAGAGCUCCCUGAGCGUCUCCGAGUCAGACGCCCCCAAAAAGCAUAAAGGAGGAAUCUUCCGGAAAAGCGCCAAGCUCUUAUUCCGCCGGCGGCACGCGCACCGGGAGCCGGGCAUGAGCCAGUCCCACAGCGACCUGGCGUCCCUGCAGCCCGAGGGUGCCCGCAGGCGGGGAGCCACCCUGGGCCGCCUGCUCAACAGGAAGCUGCUGCUGCCGCGGCACAAGAGCAAGAGCGCCGUGAACGGGGGCUCGGCGGAGCCCUGCGCCUAGCGCCCCCACCUGCACGCCCCACCCUGCCCCAGCGGGCACGGCUCCUGCAGCCACGGGCCACCGAGUUUCGCCAGGACACUCAGUCUGGACUGGAGAACAUUCUAGCGGGGGCUGGGGCCGGGUGGGGACUCGGCCCCGGGGGUCCGCCCCGGGACCCUCACGAAGAGGCGGCUUCCUCUCUGCCAUCACUGUGAGCCACGUACUGUGCUGGGGCGGGGGGCGGGGGCCCACGGAUGCCCCGAGCCUUCGACACCGCAGCAGCUUCUGCACGCACCACGCAGCACUUUGCCAGGCCCCUCCUGCGGGCCCCGGGGAACCCCACAGGGCAGCCUGUGCCCCUCGGCUUCCCCUGCCCAAGGCAGCUGCCCUCCGAGUGCCCUUGGGGGCGGGAGGGUCCAGGCUGGGGGACGUGAUGGGAGGCGUCUCUCCACCCCGCACCCCUGCUCGGGGCGACAGUGAAGGCCUGUCACAUCUGGGGGUCCGGGUGUCAGGGGACAGUGAGGAGGGGUUCUCUGCACACAGCACGGCUGCGGGGGACAGUGCUCCCCACAUGGAGUGGGCUGGUGGUCACUGAGGGGCCUCAGAGCUCGAGUGAGCCCUGGACGGUGGUUGCAGACGUGAGACCCGGUGACCCCUGCCCCGCCGCCACCUCACUCUCCCGGGUGACCCUUAAGCAGAGCCACUGAGCAACAGCGUUAGUAAGACCUGAGCAGGGAGUUCCCUUUCCGGGCGGGCCCAGCUCCGCGGUGGUCUGUCCUUUGCAUGCCGGAGCCCUGGGUUUGGUCCCCAGCACCGCAACCCCCCCCCGCCCGUCCCCCAAGCCACAUUUAAAGUCACAUUCAAAAUCUCUGAGGUGUCCUGGGAGUGCCCCAGGGAUUCUGAAAAUGACUCUACCCCCCUCAUAUGUACAGUUCUAAGAAGUUAUUUCCCCAUUUUAAUCAUGAAAAAUCAGCCCAAGGCUUGUCCCUGUGUGGCGCUCAGGGCAGAGAGCUUCUGUGGGCUCCCGGGGGGAGGGAGGGGACACCCAGCACCCGUGGCUCUGCUGAGAAGUGGCAGAGGGACUCGGCUAACUCAUGGGAGAGUUUCAGCUUCAGGGUCUUCCCCAUUCCACUGACCCCCGGGCAGCCCGUCCUCGUAGGACACCAUCUGCCAGGGCUCUGCCCUCCCUGCCCGGGGGGCGCCAAAAUCCUCAUGUCCUGGCCGGUGAAGCGGUGGGACGGGCCGUGGGUGCAGAGGUGGUGCGCCUUGCCUCAGGGGUGCACGUGCCUGACCUGUCCACUGGCCCGUCAGUGUCCCCGAGGUCAGACCUCUGCUCAGACCCUUCACCCCUGGCCCGGCCCUGCCACCCUCCUCUGUCCACUGUGUGUGGCAGGGGGGUUGGCCCAAGGCCUCUAGGGGGGUGAGAUGCAGUUCUCAGUGUGCGUGUGUGUGAGUGUGUGUGUGUGUGUGUGUGUGCACGCACCGAUUGUGCGUGUGUAUUUUCAAGUAGCAAUAAGCAUGUAGGAUCUCACUACGAUGGUGAAAACCUGCCGUGAGGAACACGGCUCAGACCGAGCACUUUAGAUCGAGUCUCAAUUUGAAGUUCUAAACUAGCCCCGUCCCCGCCCCUGAACACGUACCGCCGCUCGCCCCCAGGGUAUCCGCCACCAGCCAGUCCCAGGGCAGCUGUCUGAUGCUGCCUCCGCAGGGCCCCCCACUGGAGACCUGGGGGUGUGUGAAGCUCCCCGGGCCCGAGGGGCACGGCCCUCCGGUUGGAAGUGCAAAGCUCCUGCUGCCAGGCGGGCAUGGGGGUGCCAGCCCUCUCCACAGCUCCCCUGCCCGCCCCCACGCAAUCACCAAAGCUCCGGCUCAGGGACGCGGCACCCACGAACCCGCAAACUCAGGUUUCUGCCCCGCUGGCCAUCGGAGGAGGCCCGGGCAGCGGCAGGGUGGGCGGUGCGGGGACCGACACUGAUUGUAUUCGCGUGCCUGCCUGGCCGGUCCCCACGGGGGCCUCUGUGGCGGGGCUGCACGAAAUAAAGGUGCCCGUGG